AUGGGCGCCCUCGAAGAUGCCGUCAGAAGUGCAGCGGACUUCAUAAGGCCAUUUAUGAACGAUGAGGGUAGUCUCGCGCAAAAGCAAAACCAGCUGUCCACACUCCUCGUUAGACCAAAAAGCCGAUCAAAAGCAGUUCAAGACGCACUUUCGCAUCUUGAAGAGAUCCACGACCGAGCACGCUCGCAUGGUGAUGCUCUAUACGAUGGGGCCCUCGUGGCAAUGGUCUACGGACUCAUAGACCUUGUGGUCCUUGUGGGCAUCAUACCAUGCAUUCGUGCGAGCACCAUAUCUGUUCGCCGGCCACAAUCUGUCCUGCUUGAGAUCCGGUCGAUGCCCUCAAAUGACAUUCCGCUGCUUCAGGAAGUUAUAGGGAGAACGUCGGUCGAUAAAAUCGUUCCGUUGCUCCCAGUCUUCAAUACUGCCGCCCCAUGGCUGAAAACGGCCCUUUCUCAAAGCCUUUCACUCAUCCCUCUUCGGCCUCAUGGCUUACGACAAUUGCUGAGACUCCUCUCGAAUUUGGGGAGCUCUGGAACAGCGAUCACACAGGAAGCCGUCACGCAGGUGACCAAGCUCAUCUUGCUGCAUCCUCCACCUCCCGCGACCCGAGACGAGCAGUUGCACAAAAUAGCGCCUCAACUAUGGGAUCUUCUUCCUGAUGAAGCUAGUCCUGAGAUGAGCAAGGCAGCUGGACAAAUCAUUGCCAGUAUCCUCAACCUAAAAUCACUAGGCGCUCCGGGCACUGUUGGGUGGAAACUCUUCGCGCAGCCCUUGUUGGAUGCUUUCGAGCCUAAGUUCGCGACACCUCCGCCCGGCUCUGGCAUCCCGUCUUUCGUUCUCGCUGAAGUCCUAGUUUCGGAACCCGACCUUCUAAAAGCCGUCAAGAGCCUCAGUGUUGUUACAACCGCGCAUCCUCAUCCAGGUCUCGCAAAACGGCUCAUAAGCCCCAUCAUUCUCCCGCUCUGGGGACUGCUGAGCUAUGCCAAGAGUCGGCAGAUAUCCGGACGGAUAUGGGAGGACACAACACGUUCCAUCUUGCUGCACUACUUCCAAAUUGCAGGUUCACUACACACCAUUGAUAGCGUUGCUUCGAAUUUGCUCUACGACGGUGAGCCGGCGUGGACGUACGGACCAGGAAGCGAGGGUGGCAUUGAAAUCCGUCGUCGACCCGGAGGAAGGCCCAACAUCGAUAGCAUUCCGGCACGAAUGGAAGAUCUUGAAGCACGCAUAUCAACUUUCGUGGAUCUUCUACAAGCGAGUAGCGUUCGCAUCGCCGUCGCUCAAAAUGCAAUGAAACGGUGGCUCUCAUCCGCAUCUACUACCUCUAGCCUGACCAACGACCUAGAUGGGCUGGAAGGAGAUGUUUUUGGGAUAUUGUUGAAUGCUGCGCUCUGUAAUGCUAUAGUCCAGAAGCUGGCGCCCGAGUUUGAACGUCACCCAAAGCAUACUAUUGAGCUAGCAAGGACACUGCUUGAAGAUUUUGUUGAAGGUAAAAAAGCAGAACAAAGGCGCGAGACAGAAAUGGCAACAUCGACGUAUACGAGCCUGAGAAGCAUAGUCCAAGGAAAUUCAUCACCUGUCGAUACUCCUGCCAGCAAUCCCGAGGAAGAGACUAUAAUCCUUCUCGCUAUGAGCAUCCUUACAACCUUGAUCGGCAAUCCUGAUUUCAAGCGAACUGUCGAGGCUGAUGAUAUGUUAGGAAGCGUCGCUAGGUGCCUUCGUUCGAUAUCGUCUGAAGGACCUCGAGAGGGUCAGAUCCAAACCACUGCAGCAAUCAAUAACGCGGCCGAGAAUCUCCUUUCCAUCCUUUCAUCCACGCAAACUAGCAUAUCUCCUUUCACAGACCCUUUGGCACACCUCCGCUCUACUCUCUCAACUGCUCUGUCCGAACUACAGUCAAACGAGCCACCGAUAUGUGCUCACGCCCUUUCCACCAUCAAAAACCUAGCCUCUUCCGCAGACUCCUCCCACAUCAUCGACAUCCCCUCAAGCACCCAUGCCAUCAUAUCCCUCUCCCUCUCCCACCCAGACUCCUACGUCUAUACCGCCGCCAUCCCGCCCCUCAUCUCUCUCGCAGCCCUCCACCCGGCCCUCGUCACCAACAUCCUCAAAACCACCUUCCUCGACGCAGACGAAUCAACCCUGAAGCCCCUUUCCUCCUCUCAGCCCACGCACGCAGGAGACGACGGUGCAGAAAUCGACAAAAUAACAGCAAGCCUCGACCUCCGCCUCCGGGUCGGCGAAACCCUCUCCGAGAUCCUCUCCGCCCCGUCUAUCUGGGCCCGCCCCACCCCGGACGCCACUCGCGCCCUCCACAGCAUCAUCGACGCCAGUCUCACGCUGGCAUCCCGCCGUGGGCCGCUCCGUCCCGACACCUUCGCCGCACGCGACGGCCUAGCUGCGGCGCAGGCGCGUAGCCAUCGCGAAGCAGAGGAGGCGUGGGGCGGCGAUGUGCCGUCGCUCUCGUCGCUGUCGCUUUCCGCGCCAGCGUCGGAUCCGGGAUUGACAUCCCACCCGCAUGAUAGCGAGCUGGUCGCCCGCAUCGUCAACGGCUGGCAAGACACCGGCAUGGAAGAGGACAUCCGCAUGCGCGCGUCCGCGCUCGCGAUCCUCGGCAAAGCGUUCGAGGCGCGCUGGGGGAACGGGAUCACGCAAGACGAGCUCGACAGAGCCAUCGAAAUCGUGCUCGGGUGCCUUGUCCUCGAGCGGGGCGUUGAGCGCGCGAUUUUGCGGCGCGCGGCGGUGUUGGUUGUGUUGGGGGUGUUGAAGGGGUUGGAGAGUGGGAGUGGUGGUGUGCGGCUGGCCGUGGAGAAGUGGGCGGAGGUGGAGAGGGUGCUGAAGCGGGUAGGGGCUGAUGAUGAGGAUGGGUUGGUUAGGGGGUAUGUGGGGGUUGUGUUGGAGCGGUUGGAGACGUGGCGGAGGGAGGUGUGGUUUGGGAUGAGAGGGGGAGGGGGUGAGCAGGCAGGGUUGGGGAGGUUGACCGGGGGAUUGGAGGGGGGGUUGAGGGGGUUGGCGAUUAAGCCGGGGGAUGGGAAGGGUGGGCAGGGGAGAAGUAUGGUGGAGGAGGUUGAGUGA